CUCGCCGCUCUGCGCCCCUCGGCCGCCUACUUCGGGCUGACGGGCAGCGAGCCCCUGACCAUCCUCCCGCUGACCCUGGAGCCAGAGGCCGCCGCCCACGCACACUACAAGGCCUGCGACCGGCUGAAGCUGGAGCGGAAGCAGCGGCGCAUGUGCCGGCGGGACCCGGGUGUGGCCGAGACGCUGGUGGAGGCGGUCAGCAUGAGCGCGCUUGAGUGCCAGUACCAGUUCCGGUUCGAGCGCUGGAACUGCACCUUGGAGGGCCGCUACCGGGCCAGCCUGCUCAAGCGCGGCUUCAAGGAGACUGCCUUCCUCUAUGCCAUCUCCUCGGCCGGCCUGACGCAUGCGCUGGCCAAGGCCUGCAGCGCUGGCCGCAUGGAGCGCUGCACGUGCGACGAGGCCCCGGACCUGGAGAACCGCGAGGCCUGGCAGUGGGGUGGCUGCGGGGACAACCUCAAGUACAGCAGCAAGUUCGUCAAGGAGUUUCUGGGCCGGAGGUCGAGCAAGGACUUGCGGGCGCGUGUGGACUUCCACAACAACCUCGUGGGUGUGAAGGUGAUCAAGGCCGGAGUGGAGACCACGUGCAAGUGCCACGGCGUGUCGGGCUCCUGCACCGUGAGGACGUGCUGGCGGCAGCUGGCGCCCUUCCAUGAGGUGGGCAAGCGCCUGAAGCACAAGUAUGAGACCGCCCUCAAGGUGGGCAGCACCACCAAUGAGGCCACGGGCGAGGCAGGCGCCAUCUCCCCGCCGCGGGGCCGGGCCCCAGGGACAGGUGGUGGUGACCCCCUGCCCCGCACACCAGAGCUUGUGCACCUGGACGACUCGCCCAGCUUCUGCCUGGCUGGCCGCUUCUCCCCGGGCACCGCUGGCCGCAGGUGCCACCGAGAGAAGAACUGUGAGAGCAUCUGCUGUGGUCGUGGCCACAACACGCAGAGCAGAGUGGUGACACGGCCCUGCCAGUGCCAGGUGCGCUGGUGCUGCUACGUGGAGUGCAGGCAGUGCACGCAGCGGGAGGAGGUCUACACCUGCAAGGGCUGAACCCGGGCCGGCCCGGCUGCUGUGGCGGUGCAGGCAGUGCACGCAGCGGGAGGAGGUCUACACCUGCAAGGGCUGAACCCGGGCCGGCCCGGCUGCUGUGGUGGUACAGGCAGUGCACGCAGUGGGAAGAGGUCUACACCUGCAAGGGCUGAGCCUGGGCCGGCCCGGCUGCUGUGGUGGUGCAGGCAGUGCAUGCAGCAGGAGGAGGUCUGCACCUGCAAGGGCUGAGCCCCUGGGCUGGGUGCCCACAGCACAUUUGGGCGUGAGGCCGGGGCCGGAGCCCAGGGGUCAGCUGGGUUGGCCGUCUCUGCCCCUUUGUGUCUUCCUUCAAGGGCCCUGUCUCACGCUUGCAUCCCCUCUGCUCAGCCCUGACCCCGAACCCGAACCUGACCCGAGGGUGCUGCACCCAUGCUUUCCAAGCUGUGUCUGCCCCUCAGUUGCCAGUUCCCAGGGGCCAAUCCCCUCUCUGCUCUGGGCUCCCAUGAGGAGUCGGCUGCACCUUCCUGACCACACAGGGCCUCUCUGCGGCCACCUGGCUGUCCGGCACCAGCACUGGCUUAGAGAGUCAAACCACUAGGAGAGAGAUGGCCGCCUCCCCCGUGCCGGCACACUGCCGUCCCCGACAUCGAGCACUUCUCUUUGGAGUGAUAUCAGUGACCUUUAAGUUAUUUUUAUUUAACUAAUAUAUAAUUAUUAUUUUCUCCUUUCUGGCAGUCUCCCAGGCUGCAGCUCUUCCCUCUUGGCCAAGCCUGGUCUGGAGUACCCUGCCCCCCCCCCCCCCCCCACCUCUUGCCUGAUCUGCUUUGUUCUUUGAAACCACUAAAUUGAGAAAGAUGUCACUGUUGUUUGUGAAGAAGUAAAACGAGCUCAGUCUGGCCACUGCCUUCAGGGCUUUUGGAAGCCAGGUCCCAUGGUCCCCCCACUGCCCCCAGUGAGGCGGGAGAUGGGGGGGGGGCGCAGGCGGGCCCUGCUGUGCACCCUGUGGGUGCAGGAUCUUGCACUCUGGGCUUUGAAAUGCAGAUUCUGGGGCCAAGUUUGGCCUGCUCUACCCCCAAGGGUGGGCAUGGGCAGAGGGGCAGGGUCAGACCCUUGGGGGGUUCAUUUCACCAGGAAGGCACAGCUUGCCCUGUCACUGCCGGGGAGGCAGGGUGGGGACAGGCAUGAGUAGAGAGGUAUGGUCUGGGAUAUGGUGAACAGAAGCUGUUCCCCGGGACAUGCUUUUGUCUUUUCAGGGAGGGGAGAAGGAUGGCCUGACCUGGUUUGAGUGUGUGUGUGCAUACAUGUGUCUGAGCUCAUGAAUGUGCAUGUGUGCAUGUAAGCACAUUUGGUGUGCAUGCGUGCAUGAGUGUGUGUGUGUGGUAUCUGUGCAUGAGCAUGUGUGAUUGUGUGUGCCUGAGUGCGACCACAUGCACAUGUUUGUGCAUGAGAGUGCAUGUGCAUACAGGGGUAUUUGCGUGUGCAUGAACAUGUGCAUGUGUGGUAUGUGCUCUGUGCAUGAGCAUGUGUGUGUGCAUGUGUGUGAGCAUGUCUGUGUGUGUGCGUGGUGUGUGUGCCUGUGUGCACUAUGUUGGCAUGGUCAGGGGUUAGCCUCCGCCCUCUACCCUUCCUCCCUCCGAUGGGUCCCUCUUUCCCACCUCGGCAUGAAUGGCAGCUUUGGCUCCUGGAGCCUCCAGCCCUGGGCCCCUCCUGCUGGCUCAGUGGCUGUGCUGCGAGGCUGCGGGCCAGGGUUUGGGUCAGUGCAGAGCUGGGCGGCGGCAUGGACGUGGGAACUACUGAGCGAGGGGGUUCCUUGGAGUCUGGGGGGCUCCAGGAACCCCAGGGGACUGUGUUUUUUAAAGAAAACCUAUUUAUGUUGAUAUGGGUCUCUUUGUCCCUGUUUCAUAGUGUAAAUAGUAGUUAUUCUCCUGUGGUCCAGAGAAAAUCCCCGUGAAUAACUGUGUGCAGACGGGGUCAUGCGGAGGUCCAUCCACCAGAAGGGAGAGAGGGUGGGCUCCCUCGUGGUGAGUGAUGUGGGUCUGUGCCUCCAUCUCCUACAGGCCUGGCUGGAGACAGCUUGGGGUACUAGGGUGCAUCCUGAUUGUCCCCAAGUGUCCCCACCUGCUGGGGCCCAAGCGGGCAGAGCUGCCAUGCUCCAGGAUGAGACUGUGGCCAGUCACUGCUGGGUCAGGAAAGGUGGAAAGUCAGAGGAAGGCUAUUUUUUUUAAUCAAAUACCACAUUUAGUUCUAUGUCAUAAAUAUUAAGAAAAGUAUUUUUUUAAACAAGGCAGACUGAAAACGUCUGCUGGCUGGUUUAUGUAUAAAUAAAUAUAUAUCAGAAUGUUUUGCUAAGUGAAGCGCAGCUCCCGCCAAUGGAGCCUUGUGUUAAUGUGCUCCUCUUCCGUGUGGCAGAGAAUCUGUAGAAGAAAACGCGUCCUGUGGUGGGCUCAGCCUGUCGGGGGCUGCGGGGGCGGGAGCCACGCUGAGGGCCAGGCAGGUCCGGCCCCCUGCUCCCCGCCGGUCCAGUCACGGGACACGUGGGCUUUGGACUUGGUGACACCUGGUCCGAGGGGCGGGAGGAGAAGGGCAUUCACACCCGGGAACUCGGCUCUGUGUCAGAGUCUCGUGCGAGCCUGUCGAUUUCUCUACCUCAUCUGUACAGCGAGUAGGUGUGCACUCGAGUGACUUGGAGAAUGUAUUUAUUUAACAGCUUGUAUAACAGAACAGAAACAAGUGGAAACACUAAAUAAAUGUAUUUUAAAUUAUA